GCUCAGUUGUCAUCCGACAGCGCUACGAGAAAGACGCGGGCUCAUACCUGCGUGUUCUCCAAACUUUACGCGACUACACUGCAGUGAAGUUUAAGUUACACACUGAGAGUGUCAAGUUGCAGUGAAUUCUGUGUUAGUGAUGACUUUUGAAUGGAACCGCCGACUUCUGUGUCUCCUGGACGUACGUUGAUGUCAGAGGAGAUGGAGACCGGUUGGCUGGCUGAGCGGAUCGUGCUGUCUGUUUUGUUUCUGGUCUCAGCUGGGGCUAAUUCGCUGGCUCUGCUCGUUUUCUGCAGACGACCCGGCUUGAGGACUAUUUCUAAUAGAUUCGUCAUCAACUUGCUAGCGACGAAUCUACUGACGACCUCCCCGCUCGCAAUUGCCCUGUUUUGCGAGCAAUCGGAAGGCGAAGAUGCUGUGUGGAAGGCGACCAGCGAUGCCGUGGCCGUGGCGUGCAGCCUGGCGGCUUUGCUGGCCGUGAUGCUGAUCGCGUUGGAUCAACAUCAUGCAGUGACAGACCCACUGCGCUGCCAUGCGCGCUUACUGCAACGUCGCCCCGCCUCGCUUUGUGCCGCCACCUGGCUUGCCGCAUUCAUCGUUGCCAUGAUCCGAGCUACUUUCUCAGCAGUCGAGAGCAAAUUUUCCAAAGAAACGUUCCCGCAAGAAAACCAAAUUAUAACAUUGAUCCAGUUCGGCUUUUACACUAUUUAUCUAUUGCUCGGCAUUGUCGUGCCGGCUAGUAUUGUCUGCAUAAUGUACUGGAGAAUCUACCGGGCUGCGCGUUCUUCAGGUCUCCGCGCUAGAGCCCACGGUGCUAGCGCCCUGCAGUUGCACGAGCCCCCGGCAAACUUGCCCGACCUCGUAGAGGAAGGUGAAGGAUUAACGCUAAGAAUCGACGUACCAGAUAGUACUGGAGCCACGGAAAAUACUAAGUUUGGACCUUUUUUGCUUCCGCCGGAGAGACCGAUUCGUUGCCCAUCAAUUGCAAGUUUGCGCAAUGCGCGUAAAGAGGACAAAUCCAGUGAGAAUCUAAGGAAGGGGCUGCCCUCUGUGAGCUCCGCUCCGUCUUUAGCAGCGCCGCUGCUAGCCGUGCACCAGCGUACGCCUCAGCCAUCGCACAACGGCUCACGGAUCACGUCAAUCCGUUGCCGCAUUUCCAAUGCUUCAUUGUUUAGAUAUAGAGAAGAAUCUCGAGCGGCUCGAGUGGGUCUAUUUACGGGUGCGCUAGUAAUGCUGCAUAUACCGCAUGCCGUGGUAAUGAUGCUGUCACCACUGGAGGACUAUCAGUUCCUGUCGACUGAGGGCGCACGCAUGCCGUCUCUGGCACUGCUGUUGCUGGCGUCAGCGGUAUCGCCGUUUCUUUUCGCGCUGCGGUCGCGGCGUGUGCAGCGUGAGGCGCGUCGGCUUUUGCUGCCGGAGAAGAGCGCGUGGGAGCGUGCGGCGUCAGCGGCCGCGGCCGACGGACAGCGUGCGCGGGCGGCACUUGAACUGCUGCGCACGCUGUCACCAGGCGGCGGAGGGCAAGCGCCACCCGCGUCGGGAAACGGAUCGGAAGGGGGCGCGUGCCGCGGCUCGUUCAGCUCUGGCGGCAGCACGCAGCUGUCGUCGGCGUCGGACGAGUGACCGCAGCCGACGCCGGCGCCGCGCGCGCCGCCCCCGCGGGUGCACUUUGCCCCGCGUCCCACCGCUCUACUCAUCUGUGAUACUAGGCUAAGCCGCUCCGCGCUCGGCGCGACCGUUAGACUGAUUUAGUAUUAAGUUAAUUUAUUGUGUCCACAUGUACCUUUCCGCUGAGCGGACAAAUUUUUAUUACCUGCUGUGUAAAUGUAUCGAAGUAUUAAACAUUCGUAUCGA